AUGCCUUCCGGCCCUUUGAGCUGGAAGCGGCUUGGUGGACGCCCGCCCAGCGCACCUUCUCUGAUCAGCUCUUCCGUGCGCGCAUCGCGGCACACCCGGUCAUCGUCGCUUGGGUUUUCAACGCCGGUGGAGCAAACGCUGGCGAAUGCCGAAGUGCCCAGAGAUGCUCCCGGAGCACCUCCACGCCACCGCCGGGGACACGCCAGCGGUCCUGAGGUGCUGCCAACGAUCCAUCGUCUUCCGGAGAUGGGCAUCCCACAGGUGUGUGUUUUGGGUCGCUCCAAUGUGGGAAAGUCAUCCUUGAUCAACGCGCUGGUGCAUGGCAAGGAGAUUGCGCGACCCUCGGAGCUGCCAGGGCGAACCAGGCAUCUCUUCGCUUUCGACAUCGGCAGAGAGAUCUCCUUGGUGGAUUUGCCAGGCUAUGGCCCCGCGCACAAAGUCUCGGAUGAGCUGCGCCAGGGCUGGGAAGACCUGGUGAAGGCCUACCUAAAGAGGUCGCAGGGACUUCGCCGGGCGAUUUGUUUGGUCGAUUCCUCACAAGGCUUGCGCCGGCAAGACGAACGCUUGUGGGAGACCGUGAUGGAGAGCGGCCGACAGAUGAUGGUGGUGCUCACCAAGGCUGACAAGUGUCAUCCAGUGGACCUACACAAGAAUGUGGCGGAGGUGCUGGCCGCCCUGCAGCACUUGGACCAGGAGCUCAUUUGGCCGUGCGCCGCAGCACGGCAAGACGCCGGAGACGCUGGUAUACCGGCCUUUGAGACCUUUUUCAACCAUGAGGGUAUGUGGGACUUGAGGAAGCUCUUGCUAGAGCAUGGAAGGUGCCCAAAGUCAUGGAAGACCAGCCCUGAUGCUUCGUACCUGUCAGGGCACAUGGCUGCUCUUUGCACCCAAUUGUUCAGGGUGUGCCCAAAUGGAGUUCUGUCUUCCAAGAAGAUCAAGCAAAGCCUAGAAAAGCUUCAAACAGAAAAAAAGAAGCGCCUCAACCACUCCAGCACUUGUGACCCUGACUUUUGGGACUCUGUUGACCAGACUGUGCGCAUCGCAGCCGCCCAGUUCAGGGACUUGAAGGGUUCAGCAAACAAGUAUGCUGCCUGCAUAAGAAAGGCUUCUGCAUCUGAGAAGAAGGCCAUUGAUGCAGUUUUGGACUGCCUGGAAUUGAAAAAGGUGGAAGGGCAAGAGGAACAGAAAGGCAGCACAGAGAGCUUGGAGGCAGAAGAAGAGGAAUCGAAGAAGAAGGGCUUGGAGGCCUUGGAGGAUCAAAGCCCAAAAGGUGACAAGAGGCCUAUUUUGGCACCAAAGAUUUUUGCAAAAGUCUUGCAAAAGCGGGCCAGUGAUGCUUCCACUCCUGAAAAAAGGGUGAGAAAGAAGCAAGCUGCAAGCUCUUGGAAUGCUGUGGCAGUUGCAGGCUCUGCACCUGCUGAAAGUGAAGAGUUGAAGACUUGGCUUGAGCAAAAGGCAGUUCUGGUGUCAAAGCCCAGGAACAAAAAGGCUUGGAAAAAGCCUGAAGCCAACAUUUCAGGCAAGGCCAACUCCGACAGCCCAAAGGUCAACAAAAAGCCAGCUGUGAAAGCUGUGAAAGGGGCACAGAAGAAGAAGUCGACCUUCAAGCAUCGCAAAACUUCGACAGCUUACCACCAAGCUGUCAAUGCUGCUAAGAAUUCUGGAAUGGAUGCCGAUGAAGCCAAGGAGAUGGGCAGGCAGGCAGCACGAAAGAUGGCAGCUGACAUCGACAGUGGCCUGGUGACAGAAGCCAAGUGA